CUAACUGAAGAUAUUGACCAGUUAUUUUCAAGCAUGAAAAUAAUUUUUUCAUGGGUGGCCGACACUUUGUCAGACACCAGUAAUUGAGUGGUGCCUGUCACUUCUCAGGCUUGUAACCAUUGAGUUGCACUGUGAAAUGCCCUACUUUAUUAUUUUACUCUGACUAAUGCCAGACAAUUUUACACAUCAAGGAGGGAGCGCUGAUGCUUAAUGAGUUAAACAACCAUGACGUCAUUGGCGUGUCGUUACUUUUGGACCAUACAAUUGGCUUUUCUCUGCCUUGCAUCAAGUUUACCUGACACUAACGCUGCAUCACAAUCUUGUUCUACGAACGAUGGACACGACUCCUGCUGUCAGAAUGGCGAAAACAAAUACACGGUUCAAGAAUUUACAGAUGAAGAACUGUUUACAAGAGGCCAUUUAAAACCGUUUGGUUCUCAUCGACCUCCUGAUGAGAUUGUGGAAGAGCUACCAUUCAUGAUAUCGCCACAAGAUUUCUACAUGAAGUAUGUUGUCAAACAUAAACCAGUUGUGAUUAAAGGUGGGUACAGUAAAACUAAACUCCUGGUCGCCACAAAAGUUUGUUUUUCUUACCUGCUGUAUUGAGGCCCAGGGCACCCUACUUUUUUUUUCUUGUCUAACGUCAGACAAUUUUACUUGUCAAUGGGGAAGCUCUGCAACUUAAUGGUUUAACCAAAAAAUCUGGCAAUGUCUCUAGUUAAUCCAUUGAGCCUCUGGUGCGGCCUACUUAUUUUUUUUACUUGUCUAACGCCAGAUGAUUUUGCUCGUCAAUGGGGAAGCUCUGCAGCUUAAUGGGUUAACCAAAAAAUCUGACAAUGUCUCUUGUUAACCCAUUGAGCCCCAAUGCGCCCUACCUAUAUUUUUUUACUUGUGUAAAGCCAGACGAUUUUACUUGCCAAUUGGGAAGCUGGGUUAAUUAAUAAAAGUAUUAAAUUAACUUAUAAAAAUUUUAAAAAUUACUUUUUAACCUGAAAAUGAAAUUUUAAAGUUUACUUUUUAACCUCGGCGGCCCUAAUUGAGAUGAUGUCUGUAUUUAGGUGCGGUGAAACACUGGCCUGCAUACAAACUCUGGACUGAUGAUUACCUAGAGCGUACUUAUGGCGACAUGAUGUUCAACAUGGAAACAAAAGAUGAUGACAAGUAUAACAUCCCAAAAUCCAUGAAACUCAAAGAAUUUCUAGGAAUCUACCAUCAGGCUGACCGAUAUUUAGUGGACGAGGUCCCGCCCGAUAUGAGAAAAGAAAUAAUUUUGCCUCUGUGCUUGAGAUGCGAGGAAAUUGAUAAAUACUUUUUUGUUUCCUAUUUCUGGUUCAGCCAGGGAAACACAUCGUCAGCCAUACACAUUGAUACCGAUGAAAACAUGUUGUGUGUUGUAAAAGGUCAUAAGGAAGUUUUAAUGGUGUCGCCCGAGUAUUCGGCAGAUUUGUAUGCAGAUAGCUCAAGGGUACUUGGUGUAUUAGAUAUUAAUGUGGCUUCUGUUGAUUUGGAGAAGUACCCUAGGGUUAAAAAUGUUCACUAUUUGAAGGCAACUGUGGAUGAGGGUGAUAUGGUGUAUAUACCACAGAUGUGGUGGCAUCAUGUUUAUUCCAGGUAAGUACCAAGUAAUUACUAAAUCAAAUGUAUGAUUCCAUCUGACCAUCUAUAGACGAAAUUUUGACCUAGUCAAGAAGAACGAAACCAUUACCAUAGCUGGACAUAGCAUCUUAAAAUGAGUAAAAUUGCAAAGUUUAGUUGCGAAUUGUAAUUGUAAAAUGAGAAAAAUAUAUCCCUGCGAAGUUCGCAUCUUUUAUCAGACAUUCCAACCACUGGAGGUAAAAAUUAGGGAGACUGUUCAGUGAAUUGAAAUCUAGUUCUUCUGGGGAAAAAUAAUAAAAAUUAAGUCUUUUGAAAUGGCGUUUCCUGCAUUUUGGGAAUAUGUUGUUAUAAGUGAUCCUAUAAAUUGCCAUAAAGCAACUUCAAAAAAGGUCAAGACAGACUAUUAUGUUGCUAAAAACAGUAUAUUUAUCAUUUUUUAUGAUAUUUCCUGAAUAUUCUGAUAAAUCGGGAGAAUUUGAUAAAAAUCGGGAGACCGGGAGAUUGCAUGAAUUUUCGGGAGACUCCCGGUAAAAUCGGGAGAGUUGGAAUGUCUGUUUUAUAUAUGCAUAACGCGCGGGAAAAAUAACCAUCUUUGAACCGAAAGUGAUUAUUUUUAACGCGCGUAUGCAAAUAAUUAUAUACAAAAUUUGCGAACUUCACAGGGCUAUAUUUUCUUCAUUUUACGACAUUUAGCAACCAAUCUUUGCAGUUUUACUCAUUCUAAGACGCUCUUUCUAGCUGUGGUGUUGGAUUUCCUUCUUCUUCCCUAGAUCAAAAUUUAGUCUGUAGCCGGAAUCACCCAUCAGUGACGUACCACGCACCCUAAUACGCCCCCAUUUUUGCAAAGGUACAGCAUCACUCACAUAUGCACAAACUAAAAUUUAAUCUUAAUAGUCAAUAGAUGACACAAUUUUAACAUUGAUUUCUAUUCAAAGAGUUGGACGACAACAAGCUGUCGCAUUGUGGUGGAAAUCAAAACCAUGGUUAAAAAAUGGUGUUAGAAAAUCUGUUCCGUUCCCUGACCACCACAAACAAAGUACGUACCAGCACCUCUAUGAAGAACAGUUUAGAACUGGUAGAGUUGUCCAGUAUAAAGUUCUGUUAAAAGAGAAUUUUUCGUACUUUUAGUCUUUCAAUGUUUAGGGAGCCGGUCAUUAUUUAUCUCGGGGGGGUGGCGCCGAAGAGAAAAGGGUUGGGUAAACAAAAUUUUGAGUGAGUAAAAGGUUGGGUAAAUGAAAAACAAAAUAACUUGAGGGUUGGGUAAUAAUUUAUUGUCAUUUCCAAAGCAUGACUCACUCAAAUAUUGAAGACUAAAAAGCAAUGUCAACAUUCAUAUAUGUCAACACAAUAUGUAAAUCAAUCAGAGUCGCUAUCUUGAUCAUUUUCUGAUUUUACCAGAAAGCAAAUGGUGUCUCCAAAGAAAGUACAUGUGCAGACAACAUGAAACUUUAAACUGCAGAAAAUUGCACAAGCAGUUAUCAAACUCGUGUCACAGAAGUGGUAAUUAUAAGGACAUGUGUGACAACUGAAUGUUAUCCUUUUGUAAAGUUUUCGGCCAGGGGUGGUAUUUAUUUUUUCAUUGAUAUUUGAGGUUGCAUAAAAAAAUUGACUUUUUAAUGGUUGGAUCAGCGAAAAUUUUACCAAGAAAAACAUUUCUCUUCGGUGCUACCCUCGCCAUGUAAAUGUCCCUAAUAUCCAUCUUUUUGUUCACAGUGAAAAAAAAAGUGAAGCAUUCGUAUGCAAAUAUUUUGGCGGAAUAUGAAGAAUGGGUUCAAAAUGUCAGUGAUAUUCAACCAAUGAUCACCUGUAAGGAACAACAGGUGUUAAUGAGUGCAUAUCAGUUUGAAACAGACAAGAGCCCGGAUGCUGAACAGACGUUGGGCGACGGGGGAGAUCUUGAAGAGGU